UAUUACUAAAGUUCAAAUAGAGAAAGUUAUGAAACAUCCAUAAAGCUGAAAGCUCAAUCCCCCAUCCCAUCUCCAUAAAAACCCCCUGUAUAUCUUCAUCCUGUCUAUCGGAUUUCCUUGGCGACGGCUCUUCCUCUCUACCCCCUAGCUUUCUCCGCCUCGAUUUCUGGUUAUGUCCGCCGACGGACGCCCGGAGCCUGGCUCGCAGCCCUCGAUCGGCUUCCUCUGCCUCCGCCAGCGCUGCCUUAGGUAACCCAUACUUACUAACACAAGCAUCCACUUGACAGAUAUAUACAUACAGAAAAGAUAUAGAAACUGUUGUAUAUCUUCAAAAUGCCAUCGCCCAAGAAUUACCGGAAAGGAGGCCAUCAGGAGAAGAACAGGAAGGGGAGGUUACCGGAGAAGGCGUCUUCGUUUCACGGGAGAGGCGGUGGAGUGGCGGAGGAGAUGAUUCCGAGGCCGAGGACGGUACCGGACUUGCUGGCCGGGAGAAGAGCCGGUGGCAGCUCGGCGGAGGAUGUGGUGGUGCUGGGAAGCCAGCCUAAGCUGACGAAGUUGCUGCUGAACGUGACUAUUCAGAGGAGCCUUGGCGCCGUGAAGGUGCUGAUGCCGCUGGAGGCAACGGUGGAGGACUUGAUUGCGACGGCGCUACGGCAGUAUGCGAAGGAGGCAAGGCUGCCUGUUCUUCCUACCGGCGACGCCUCCGGCUUCGACCUCCAUUACUCCCAGUUUAGUCUAGAAAGUUUGGAUAGGGAGACGAAGCUAAUGGCACUGGGGUCAAGAAACUUCUUUCUAUGCCCAAAGAGGGCGGCGGAGGUGGUGGCAGCAACCGCGUCCACCUCAGGAUGUUCAAGAGAAGCUGAUAACGUCGCCAAGAAGUCCUUGCCAUGGCUCAAAUUCAUGGACUUUUUGCGUUAAAAUGACCUAGAACUACAGCCACAAUUUGUGGGGAUUGGUGUAGUUUCGGGGGUAAAAGAGUAAAGUUAAAAGGUGGAAAUAUUGGGAAAGUUGUAAAAUAGGGAAGAUUCAAAGUUUGGAAUAUAAUUCAGCAGCAGCAGAAUGUGGGCAUCACAGUUCCAAGAAAAGGAAAGGAUGGUUUGUCUUUGGUGGUGGUGGUCGUGUAUGUCCAAAACUUGUGCCCACUUGAUACAUUAAUUGUACCGUGGCGUGACUGCACAUAUGUCUCUAUUUAUUAUACUUUAUACAUAUAAUUGUACCGGUUUUAAACCUA